GAAAAACUGCACUGCAGCUUCUCUAGGAAAAAGGAAAUGAAACGGAAGGAAACCGAAACUAUUCUGACUUUGCUGAACUGAACUCAGACGCCAUUAAAAGUGUCUAAGUCUCUGUUGAAAAAACAACGAUUUGUGGAAUAUUUUCAUCCUGAACGUAAAGACAGAAGCUGGUGAGUCCUGAGACGGAAAUGGCAGAGAGAGCUGCUCUUUUUGAAUCCUACCUAAACUGUCACGUUUGUUCAGAGACUUUCAAUGAUCCUGUAACUCUGAGCUGCAGCCACAACUUCUGUUGGAGCUGUCUGCAGAAGUUCUGGGAACAAACUCAGAACAAAAACUGUCCCAUCUGUAAAAGAAAAUCAUCUAAAGAUUGUCCUGCUGUGAACUUCAGUCUGAAGGAACUUGCUGACUCGUUUGCUGGAAGACAGAAAUCUGAAUCAUCAGAGACAAAAACAGGAGAGCAGAAGAUCAUGGAGGUCUGCAGGAAACAUUCAGGAGAAACCAAUCUGUUCUGUACAGACGAGCGGAAAGUAUUUUGUGCUGUUUGUGAGUUUUCUCAGCACCAGAGUCAUAAAGUGGUUCCUCUAGAAGAAGCAGUCAGAGAGCUGAAGGAGGAGCUGAAAUCUGACUUAAAGUCUCUGCAGGACAAGAAGAUGAAAUACAAAGAAGUGGAGGAAACAUACAAUCAGAUGAUUCAACACUCCAAGAAGCAGCUGCUGUCCACAGAGACACAGAUCAGAGCAGAGUUCAACAAGCUCCACCAGUUCCUGAAGGAGGAAGAGGAGUCCAGACUGGCAGCUCUGAGGGAGGAAGAGGAGCAGAAGAGGAAGACUGUGAGCAGAGAGAUGAAGAAGAUCCAGGAGCAGAUGUCCUCUCUGUCAGAAAGUAUCAGUGCUGUUGAAGCAGAGCUGCAGAAAGACAAGGAGGCGUUCCUCAGCAGUUCUAAAGACACUCAGAGCAGAGCCAGAGCCCAGAGCUCGCUGUCAGACCCACAGCUGCUCUCAGGAGCUCUGAUAGAUGUGGCCAAACAUGUGGGCAACCUGUCCUUCAGAGUCUGGGAGAAGAUGAAGGAGAAGGUCCACUUCAGUCCCGUCCUCCUGGACCCAAACACUGCAAGCAGAUGUCUUUAUCUGUCUGACGAUCUGACCAGUGUGAGACAUGGAGAAACUUCUCAGCAGCUUCCUGACAAUCCAGAGAGAAACAUGAAAUAUGCUUCUGUUUUUGGUUCUGAUGGUUUCAGAUCAGGGAAACACAGCUGGGAGGUGGAGGUGGGAGAUCAUCCUGACUGGAACAUUGGUGUGGCUAAAGAGUCUGUUAACAGGAAGGGAGAGUUACUUGCUACACCAGAAUAUGGAAUCUGGUGUUUAUUACAUCGUAAUGGAAAAUACACAAACUCUGAUGGUCAGACUGUCACUGUGACCAAGAGUCUCCAGAAGAUCAGAGUCCAGCUGGACUAUGACAGGGGGGAGGUGUCCUUCUACAACCCUGAAGACAUGACUCACAUCUACACUCACAAAGACACUUUCACUGAGAAACUUUUACCAUAUUUCAGUGUUGGAAAAUCUGGAGAUGCAAAAACCUCUAAACUCCAAAUCUGUCCGACUGAUUGAGAUGAUUUGAAACUUUUUUUCUAUAUAAAAAAAAAAAAAAUUACUGAGAUCUUUUUCUUUCAUCACAAUGAUCAUCUCAUGAGGUUUUAGCAGCUUCUUCACAUUUUUAUGUUGUUUGUGUCUCAGAUGUGUCGCUCACACACUUUUCCUUUUACAGCUGAGCUUUAACACCUUUAACUUAGUGAAGUUCAAAAUGUAUUGUAAUAUUCUCUUAUAAUCUAAAAUCAUAUGCCAUUCUUCAGCUUGUGUUGUUCCAGUGUUCAACCUGUGCUUGUGUGAACAUCAUCCUCUUGUGUGCAAAUACUUCACUUUAAGAAAAUCAUUACUUAAAUUAUGUAAUAAGUUAUUGAAUGUAUUUUAUUAGAUUUUAUUUAUUUUUUUAAUAAAUAUAUUCAAUAACGUGUUACAUGUAUUUAAUAAAUACAAUAAACACAAUCAGCAAAUUAUUCUUUUAAUUUGAAAAUCCUCUCCAUUGGAUGUAGUACAUCUUUCUGCCACCAGAGGGCAGAAGACAGCAAUCCUUCAGUUGUGGCUGUAACACUUUAGUUAUAGAUCUUUUUCAAUUCAAAAACAAACAUAAUCGUUAUACUUUUUACAGCACUGGAUAAACUUAAUAGGUAGGACGGUGGUUUAUUUUUUUUUCUAUUAAUGUGUUGACUGAUACCUGUAGGUAGUGGCUUUGGCUGUACAGUUUUUCUCUUUGCUAUAGGUGAUUUCUUGAAACAGAAAUUAAUUUUCAGAUUUAAAUUCAAAUUAAUUUUAUUUAUAAUGCACCUUUCAUGUAAAGAAACAACUCAAGGGGCUGUACAUAAAGCAAAUAAAAAUAGAAAGAAAACUAUUCCCUACAGAAUAAAAUAAUAAGAUAAGCCCCACAUAAUAAUAAACAUAUAAAAUAAACAUAAAUAAACAGAUAACAUAGAAAAUAUUAUAAGAAAACCUAAAGCAGGAAGGAUUUUCAAAUCUGUCUGGAAAUUUCUCCAAACCUCUUGACGUUUGUUCACAACAGAUUCAACGUUUUUCACACAAUUAUUUGAAUUUAAAUGUUUUAGUGUUUGACUGCAAACAUUUAACUACAAAAGUCACCAGUUUGAGCAAUUACUUAAAUGAAUGAGUCACUUCUCUGAGAUGUCAUUUCUCAUGUCAGCGUUGUCUUCAUGUUUUAGUCGUCCAAAGUAAAAUCAUUUAUUGAAUUUUGAAAAUGUUUCAUGAACAUCAAACCAUGAAUCAGAAAACAUUACUAUUGAAAACUGGAAUGUCCUUCAGCAUUAGCUUCAGUUCUGUAACUGCUGUAAUUAAAUGUAAGGUUAAACAACAGAACGCUGAAGAGACGAUGUGUUUUAAUGAUCCUUGACCUUCGUUUUGGAGCACAAAUGAACAGUUUUUGGAGAGAGAUGAGCUUUUGCUGCUGUCCAUGCUGUUGCUGAGAUCUUGUAGAAUUUGUGAAAACCAAAAUCACAAACAUUUGUUCCAUAAAUUCUCUGAUUUUUUGGUCUUCUGGAUAAAAAUGAAGCCACAGU